AUGUACCACUCCUCCAACAACCUCGACUUUUCCUAUGACUCCAUGCCCCAACCACCCCCACAACCACAACCACACCCGUCCCCUUCGCCCCGCGCCUCACAGACCUCGCACCGUUUCGCCCGUGCCACCCGCCGCCGCAAUAAGCUCCUCGGGCGCAAUGCCCCCAAGCCUGAGAAGAACCCCGUACCGAUUCUGGAGAGCCCACAACCCGACCCUGCCGCCUUUGUUGAGGAGCCCCGCGCUGAUGCCGCUGGCUACGCUCUGGACUCAUCCCCGCUCGAGCACUACGAGAGCAAGACCCAACGCUCGGAACGCAUCGCUACCGCCCUCGAACGAAUCGCCAAGAACGCCGCCUUUUUUGGAUUGUCAGCAGAGGAAAACGCCUGCCCGUCAGAUACCUCCCCGAAGACAGCUGUUAUUCCCCUCAUCGUUGAUGCCAUCACACAGCAUGUCAGAGACCCCAAGGUCGCCGAUCAAGGCCUCACCACACUGAGGAGGCUCACCGUCGACCCUGUGUGCCGCCGCACCAUUGGCGAAUGUGGGGGGGUCGAGGCCAUUGUCGAAGUAAUGAGAGCCCAUUCCUUGAGGGUUCGCAUUCAGACCCAGGCCUGUCUAGCUUUGGCCAACCUGGCCUACAAGUGCCCCGAGAAUAAGAGGGCAUUCAUGAAGUGUAAUGGCUUAGCUGUUAUUGUUGCUGCCUUGUCCAUUCAUAGCAAGGCCGAGCACGUUCAGGCCUGGGGAUGCUUUGCAAUUCGAAACUUUACGAAUGGCGCUAUUGAGGGCGAGCAAGAUGCGUCUGUCACAGCUGGUGCUGUGGAAGUGCUCGUCACUGCUCUGGAGCAAUAUCCCAAAUCCAAUGUAGUGCAGCAACAGUGUAUGAUCGCCCUGACCAAUAUUGCAGCUGCGUCCCCGCUCGGAAUGGAGCGCCUCCGUUCUGCUGGCGGUGUGCAAGCUGUUAUUGCUAGUAUGCACAAUAACAUUCGGUCUUCCCAGCUUUCGGAGAUUGCUUUGUCGUGCGCCAAGGUUCUUGUCGAAGAAGAAAGCAACCAGAAGAUUUUUGGUCAUGAUGGAGGGAUUGAGGCCAUCACCAUGGUGCUCGACGAACAUAGGGGACAUACCGCCAUUGCAGUGCGUGGAUGCGCGGCUUUCCGACAGCUCGCAUUUCAGCGCGAGAAUCGCGACCUCUUAGGUCGUUGCGGCAGCAUACGUGCAAUCAUCACCGCCAUGAUGGAUACAGCCUCGUCCAAGGCCGAGACAGCUGCCGUGCUUCUCAAGGCACUCAGUAAUUCUACGUACGACUCGCUAGCGAACAAAACGCUCGCCGGAAGACUCGGUGCUGUGGAGGCGGCACUUCAUCUGAUAUCUCCUGAUACAUUCCAAAGCAAUACGGGUGUGGUAGAAGACGCGUGUAGAGUGUUGAGAAAUUUGGCCGAUGGCGUCCAACUGAAUCAUCGGCUUCUCAUCGAGAAAGGAGGAGUGGUUGCCGUCCUUGAGGCAGCACGCGAACAUGGCACCUCAUCGGCUGGUGUGGCAGAGCACUGCGUUGCCAUUUUUGUGAACCUGUCAGCGAAUCAGUCGCUGGCCGAACAGUUAAAAGAAGGCGGCAAGGAUUUUGCGGCUAUGGCGAGGGAGUUGCAGUUGGCACAUCCAGGAAACGACCGCGUAUACAAGCAAGUAGCUGAUCUUCUUUCAAUUCUGGAACCUAAGGUGGACGAUGGAGAGCCGGUGAGCACGGAAAGCGUAGAGUGGCGGGAAUCGAAGAGUUGCACGUGGAGAGAGACUGCGACUCAGAUUUCGUUUGAGGAGAGCCUGCGAUCUUCAAAGUCAUUGCGAAAGACAUUCUCCAAAGAAGGAGAGCAGUUAACUCGCCUACAGCGGCUCCGCUCAUUGCCGUUGCCCAAGUCCAAGAAGAGCGCGUUCUAGACGGUGUUCGACGUUUAUUCGAUAUCUGACUAACGUACCUUUAACUUGUUAGACUAAUCUGGCAUCAAUAGAAGUAGUUACGAUGCCAUCUUGUUUUUUUCUGCGGGUCCCUGGUACAAGGGUCCGUAGACUAGACGACAUAAUAUUUCCGACUUCAAAUGUAAAUACAUGACCUUGAGGCAGAG